AUGGCUUCUAAUAAGCUGAUGUUCAAUGCUCUUAUUCAGUUACUGCUUUUGUUUGUGUGUGUUUAUAGCUGGCCUCGGCCAUCACAAGAUCCACAACCUCAGUUACAAGUAGGAUAUUAUCUAAGUCGCUGCUUUUGGGCCGAAUCUAUCGUGAAAGGCGAAGUUCAGAAAGCAUAUUUACAAGACAAUGGGAUCGCUGCUGCACUUAUACGUAUGCAUUUUCACGAUUGUUUCGUGAUGGGCUGUGAUGGGUCGGUGCUGUUAGACUCGACUGAAGAUAACACGGCCGAAAAAAAUGCGACGCCAAAUAUGAAUAGCCUCAGGGGGUUUGAUGUCAUAGACAAUAUAAAGGCUCAGCUCGAAAAGAAUUGCCCGGGCAUUGUCUCGUGUGCUGAUAUACUUGCCUUUGCAGCCAGAGAUAGUUUUGAAAUUGCUGGGAACCUUGGUCUUUUGGGUGGUUAUGAUGUGCCAAGCGGGAGGUUAGACGGCACAGUCUCGCUUGCCUCCGAGGCACAACAAAACUUGCCGGCUCCAACAUUUAAUUUGGAUCAACUUACUAAGUCCUUUGCAAGUAAGGGUCUAUCACAAAGAGAUAUGGUCACUCUUUCUGGCGCACACACAAUCGGGCGGUCCCACUGCUCCUCCUUCAACAAGAGGCUCUACAACAAGAAUUCGAAAGGAGACGAUAGCCUGGACCCGCAAUACGCGGACGAGCUGAGGCAAAAGUGCCCAAACCCAAAAUAUUCCAACAAAAACCCAUUUGUCUUCAUGGACCCUAUAACCCCAACCUAUUUCGAUAACAAUUACUACAAAAACGUACGCAACAACAAAGGCCUGUUCACUUCGGACCAGGCCCUGUUGACAAGCGAACAGACCGAAGAACAAGUGGGCCAAUACGCGAACGAUCAGGAGAAGUUACUCAACGAUUUUGGAGCUGCAAUGGUGAAGAUGGGGAAUAUUGAUGUCAUAACAAGCGGCGACAAGAAACGGGAAGGUGAGGUUCGACGCAAUUGCAGAGUGGUCAACUGA